GUCCAUCCGUUCCCACUGUUGCUCCAUGCGGAUGCCAUGCCGUCGCUCCACGACCGGGCCUGAUGACGCCGAAGAACGCACCAGGUGAGGACUGUGAGGCAUGGCUGAACAGUUUGAGUGUGCCAGAGCUCCGAAAGGCCCUGGAAGCUGAAUGCCGAAUCUCUGCAGCCUUGAGGGCUGACCUCCAGAGAGCGAAUGAGGAGAUCGAGACUUUGAGAGGAGCCUUGGGUUUGGUGCCGAGGCCAGAACGUGAGGUGCCUUCGCCUGACAAGGUGGACCGUCGAGAGAAUGGGGAUGCUGACCUCGAAGACCCCAAGAUUGCAAGUGUGGAAGGGGAUGCGCUGGCAGAAUCAGAGACUGCAGACACUGCUGUGAAAGGUUCUUAUGUCAAGGUCGAAGGGAAGGUCUACUGGGUCAGCUAUGAGGACCCUGAACAGCUGAUCCGACUUCCGAACGCGGGAGAGGCAGAUGCGACGAGGCCGACCGAGGCGCAUGAGAUGGAGCGGAGCAGACGCUUGAGCGCGGAGCAGUUCUUGCCCACCACUCCGGAAAGCCAGCAGCCUCGUGCGAUGCGUCCUGCAAGUUCAGAUCCGAGAUGUUCUGUGGCGCAGAGGCACUUUCAAGGCUUUGCUUUGAGACCCACGGUCUAUGCUUCGGUGCCGGCGAGUGCCCGCAGGUCUUUGCCUCCCAGGGUCGCGGUCCAUGGACUCCCUCGACAGGCCAGCUCAGGGCAGUUCCCUUCAGGAGCUUUGAGCCAGCAGUCCAGCACUGGCUCGCUCUCGCAAUCCGGGCACACCCCGCGGAGGGUACUCCAGGCAACCACUUCGUACUCAAACUUGCCCCGGCAUUCAGGACAAGUUCGGACGCCACUGGCAGGCCGCUUUCAGCCGGUGUCAGCUAUGACGCAUUCCUGGACACCAAGAAGAUACUUUCCCAGUCACGGCGCACAUCAUGUCAAGCCAGCUCAGCCACAUGUGCAACAGGGGCAGCCUCCAGUCCAUCUGCUCCCUGCGCGGCCCAAGCUGCGGCAGCCACAAGAUGAGCUGGUGAAUCUGCAGAGCCACCUGAAGCGCUUGCAGGAUUUGCAGACUCAGCUGGAGCAGCAACUUGGCGACGUGCAGCAGUGAUGUUGGACCUCGCGUGGAGAUUGUUGCCGUGUACACGCAGUGUGCGACACAAGUACCUUAGUCCGGAGUUGCUGAGCAAAGUUCUCAGGAAGCAGCCUUGGCACCAAUGUAAUUGUAGGUGAUCUCUAGCAAAAGCAGUGAAAAACGCCGGAGCCAAACAUGGAG